AUGAUAUGUUUGCAGGUGAAUACGACCUCGAAGUCUACAUGGUCUACCGGCAUGGAUCACAAGAUGGGUGGUUGGCCUAUUGAAGUAGAUCCCAGAUAUGAAGAUCAAGUAUGGAGAUACAAAAAGAAAAUAUACAAGGAAGAAGAUUUUAUAAAUUCCAUCAGAAAUAUGGCUGAUGUGAAUACGACCUCGAAGUCUACAUGGUCUACCGGCAUGGAUCACAAGAUGGGUGGUUGGCCUAUUGAAGUAGAUCCCAGAUAUGAAGAUCAAGUAUGGAGAGAUACCUGUGAAAAACCUCGUAAGGUAACAGAUAUCUCUUGGUCACUGGAUGGAUCCAAGGUUGCUGGAGCCUAUGCAGUGGAUGAAGUUGUGGAUUGCCGGAAAUUUUAUUCCGAUUGCUUCAUAUGGGAUAUUGAUAACUGCAACGUGCCAUACUGCACUAUUAAUUCUGAUACAUCCUUGAGAGUUGUUGAAUAUUCACCCAGUGAUUUGGAGCUUUUAGCUGGUGGUUGCAGCACGGGACAAAUAGGUUUAUGGGAUUCGCGGAUUGGUGGUAGACCUUAUUACGUUACCAGCAUAGCAACAAGUCACGCGGAGGAUGUGACAGAUAUUAAAUGGAUUUAUUCCAAGAAUGGUCUUGUGUUUUUUUCAGCUUCAACAGAUGGAAAGAUAAUUUGCUGGGAUAUUAGAAACAUGGAUUAUCCAAGUUUAGUUGUUGACUUAAAUGAAGGUUUAAACGAUUGCUCAUCGUCCGAUAGAAUAACAUGUCUCGAAUACAACACCUGCUUGCCUCACCGUUUCAUGAUGGGUACCAUCAGAGGUAAAAUACUUUCGUGCAAUCGAAAAUACACACAACCAAAGGAAAUGAUUGCAGCCUCAUACUCAGCCAAAUACUCUAAUGGACCUGUCUUGAAGAUUCAGCGAAAUUCCUUUCUUCCAAAAGUGUUCACGUCCUGCGGCACGUGGGGUGUUAAAGUAUGGGCUGAGGAUAUAACAAGCUCUCCAAUCCUAAAUCUGGUACCGCAAACGGGAUACGUAACAGAUGCAGCAUGGAGUAAUUCUCGCUCUUCACUUCUCCUCAUGACGAAAACUACGGGACAUAUCGAGCUCUGGGAUAUCUUACUUGCUCGCCAAAGUCCUUUAAUCUCUUUUAAGGUAGCAACUGAAGGUUUAUCAAGCCUACAGUAUAAGCAAAACAGUAACCAAAUAGCAUGCGGUACCCCAAAAGGCUGCAUUCAUCUACUAGAAGUACCCGAGUACUCUACUUUUCCUAGCAAACCAGAGAAAAAUCUUCUUUCUUCUAUGAUUGAGAGGGAAUACAAAAGAGAAAAGCUGUUGGAAAACAUGACAAAAGAACAAUUGCUACGUCAAAGUGAAGAAACCGAAAAUGAUAACAUAACUCUGUCGAAGUCAGCUGAUUACACGCGUGUCACACGCCAGUCUGCAAUCACCAACGUUUAUGAAAGACCUAUCAACGUGCAAGAAAUCAUGGAUGACUUUGCGUCGGAUUUUGAUUCCUAUUUACAGGACUCUGACGGUGACCAAGAAGAAGAUGAGAAACCAUUUUUUGAUUUUCAGACUGUUGAUGUUCUUAAAUACAUGUCUGGCGAAUCAUCUCUCGUAAUCCCAUAGCACUAAAUUCAAAUCUAAAGAAUGAAGACGGUAGUAAAUUAAAUUUUCAUCGUAACAGUACCUCUCAAACCGAAUUUCGAACAAUUGGUAAAAAUUAUUUCAAUUGUGAGUCACAAUAAUUCUCACCUAGUUAACGCACUCAUAUUUUGGAAGAAAUAGGUUUUAUUUUCACCUUUCAAACAUGAAAUCUGAACAGUGCCGAAUUUUUUCAAUUAUGAAUAAGACCUGAAUAAUUUUUGAUCAAAUGAUC